GGGAGAAGAAGAAGAAAAAAAAUACUAUGGCUAGCGAUAAUAGCAUUUGAAAGUAUGUGCGUUUCGAGGAAAUGACACAAUGUCGGGAACGAAUCAGAUGUAUGAUCUAAUCGAGACAACUUGAACAAAAAAUUUUUAUACGAAACUACAAUUCAAUUGACAUUUAUAAACCAAUUUAGGAUUUUGACUCAGUGAAAUAUACUAAAAUAAGUGCUUUGAAUAGAGUUUGAAAAGAUUCAACAAAACCGAAAAAGAAUACUUCUGCACCAACCAAUUUGAUCCAAAAGUUUUGUAUUUUUCGGUUUACCCGCGAACAGCACGCAGUAUCUCGAUAGAUUCCCGGAUAUUUUUUUCCGUUUUGAAUUAGCCGUCUCUCUUUCUCGGUUUUCUAUUCUGUUUUGCAAUUGAGAUUGACAGCAUGUAUUUUGAAUAGCAUAAUUUUGAGUCGCAUUAGGUCAUUCUUUUAUUUAUUUAAGCGCAACGAUUUCACUUUCAUUGCAAUCACUAGAGAAACUGAAAGUAGAAUAGAUAUUGAAGGAUUCCGUUUUGUUUUUUUGUUUUUUUUUUUGUUCGCUGUUCAUUUCAACGCGUUAGUCCGGUGCAUUUGCGGCCAAGUCAAUUUUGACAAUCGAUAAAAAAAAUGCGCUUGCCGCAAAAUAACAUAAUAAUAGCAUGGCUUCUGGUGAUGGUGUUUCACAGUUGUGGAUCAUCACGAUAUUCACAGCUUACGAUCGUCGACAAUACUAUCAAGAAUUUUAUAAAUGAAGAGGAACGCUUUUGGAGUGAUAUCAACUCAUCGACCAAUCGACAAACUGCAAAUGCAACACUUGAAAGACUCUAUACGUAUUUCGAUGGCAACUUGAAUCAACCGGACAUGGGAAGUGUUGAAGCUGUACGCACGAUAAACCAAGAGUUUGCCGAACAAAUUGACAAAAUGAAGCAACAUCAACGUGGUACAACCAAAUGGCUGAGCGAAAAGAGAUAUGAAGAGGCACAACAAAAUUGCGAUAAUAUCUUGAGCACAAUACCGAAUGAGCUAAGUGAAGUGUUUGAAUUCUCCAAAAGGCCCGAAUUUCUGGCAUACAUUCGAGAAAAUUCAGAUUUCUGCCAGACAAAUAAACGCUUCGUUACACCUGGUGUUGAAGAUCUUAAUCUGCAGAAUGUGGUCACGGAUUUCUAUCUAACUGUGGCUGAAACUCUGACCAAAGGAUAUAUGACCACUCAAAUGGCGCACAUGAUUUCAGGAGCCAAAUCGCAACCGAAAAAGCACCAAGGCAAAUCGAUUGAAUUUCGAACAUCCUUUAUGUCCCAAUACAAAACUCUCGAAUCGAACGUAAGAUCAAUUGUCCAGAACUUUACUGGUGAAAUUUGGAAUUGUGAUGACUUUUCAAAAGACUAUUCAUACACGGAAAUCACAAAUUUUGUGCAGGGAUAUAUCGAUAAUGAGGUCAACUUCAACCAGGAUGGCACAUGCAGAAAGCAAUGCUCGGAUUAUCAACAAGUUGAAUACCACGUGUGUCGCAAUCACACUUUAUGCAUUCUUAAUUAUUUGGACAAAAACAAAACGCGUUGUGAUGGUCAAAUUCGAUCGUGUAGAUUCAUCGAGUCGGACAUGACACUGUGCCCAAAUGAGAAUGAUCAACUGAUGACCCGUCGAUACAAUUACAUUCGUUAUAACAGUGGCAUGGUGAUUGGUCAACCGCAAUUUUGUCGAUAUGAAGUGAAGUUAAAAUCAUGGAUUCGAUGGUUUGUCUCGUGCAGCUAUUGUUUUUGCUACUGUGACCAUGAGAACCAAUUUUCAGAUCGAUUUUUCAGUUUACGCGAAGCAACUAGCAAGAUUGCUGAGAACAAAGUUGUGACGGGAAUUCGAUUUUUCAAAAAGAAUCGCAUCAUUCACAUUUUCAUAUCGGAGCGACGAAUUUUGCCCCAUGGCAAAAUCGAAGAAAUCAAUUCCAAUGAAAUAACAUGGACAGGAGAUUAUGAUUGGGUAAUUGAAGAUGCCAACGUUGAAGCUGACAUAGACUAUCAUCGACUCUCUUGGAAUAGUCGUGCCAUUGAACUGGAUACAAUUCGAGCUAAACCAGAUGAAGUGGUAACCGGUGCUCGAUUUCGUCUUGUUAACAAUAGGAUACGUUUUGAAGUCCGCGUAACUGCAUAUAACAAGGAAACGGGAUAUUUAUCACGGGAUAAUAUGAAAACGGCAUGGCGUUCGAAUAAUAACCAUGACAAAGAACAAAUACCAAAUGAAGACCUUGAUGUUCCGACCCUUUCACCAGAAAAAUCAAAACGUUACCGCUCUCAGGACAAAUAUAUCGAAUUCACACCAACUGGUGUACAUCAGGACAUUGCACAAACAACCGUUCCAUUCAUCGAUACGCAACCGGUCGAAGCGAAAAUUCCGAAACCACUAAUUGGCGCAGGUGUUUAUUAUAAGACCACACCGGGUUACGGUGGGUUCAUCGGUCCCCUCAUCAUACUACGCGAUGAUUAAAUUAACAUUUUUGAGAUUUUUUAUGACGUGCAAAUAAUUUAACACCAUACUAUAUAGAUGCAUUUAGAUCCAGCAUAUAAUAGUUUUAGUUUAAGUAAAAAACAGUAACUUUUAUUUUACCUGAAACCAUUCAAAACAUCGCAUUUGUGUAGAAAAAUUUGUGCUGAUGUUUCAACUUUCAUAUGACGAAUGGUCAUUUGUCAUUCGAAACAUCGCAUUAACACUAUAAAUAUUCAUUGUUGUUCCACACAUUUGUGUUGUGUGGACAAAUACUAACUUGCUUUGUCAAACGCAUUUUUGGCUGAAGCUAGCAUACUUAACGAUUUAACGACAAAAAUAAAUUGGAUGAUCGCACAAA